ACCUGCCAUCGAGUGCGGCGCCAGCAGACGUGCCACCCUCUUGACAACGCUUCGAAAUCUCGCCAUUUUACAUUUUGCCAAAGGACACGUCCAUGCAGAUGGGGCCACCACCAACAUUGGUCGCCCUGGAUCGCGCCGAAGCGCAGCGUGUUGUGCGACGGCAUCGAAGCAAGAUGUGCAUGCGACGACAUCGCGCCAAGAAGAAGGCGCUGAACGCGCGACUGGAGGAGUACGUGCGGGAAGUCCAACUGGAAAACCUCCGCUUGCAAGCGCAUUUGGCUGGGCUGUACGACCAGCGAGGCGUUAGUUUGUGCAUCGCGAAAACGUCACAAUACACCAAACUGUUCGAGUUUGGAUACAGCCCCACGCGCGGCGCGCACGCGAGGCGGCAAGAAGCGUUCCUCGCCGAGUUUGCCGCACCCCACGUCAACUACAACGGGCAGAUUGGUGUCAAACAUAUCCUGAAUCAAUGGGCAAUGUAUGACGCGCUGUUCGGCUCCGUUCAUGUAGCAUGCAUGGACAUUACAGUCGUCACAGUCGACGUCCCGUUGAUCGUGCUCGAGGCCACGUACGAUGCCCGCGUUGUUGUGACCGGUGCAGCGGUGCAGGCGCUGUUUCCCCACUUGGUUAACCGACCAGACCUUGUCGACAAGCUGAUUGGGUCCACCAUGCUCCUGCCCCUCCGCGUGCUCUUCUCGCACGACAUGGCGUCCCACCGAGUGACGAGGGUGCAAGCGACGGCGAGUGUGGUCGUGGCGCUCGUGGCGCUGUUGAAAAACGUGGACGACGCCGACGUGGCAUUGCAAGGUGCCUUGCUCGUCGAAGACUUGCAUCUAAACCUCGAUGCCGUUUGAUUGAGAACAAACAUGAACCCCU